AUGAAGCGUUUGUCAUGUUUUUCGUUUGUUGUAAUAAGUUUGUUUGGGUCCCACGCUUUCUCAGUUCUAACAGACGGCAAUAUCAAGAACUCAACAGACUUAGACUUCGGUUCACUUGAUACUAAACACGUCGACGUAUUUCGACAGCUACUGAAUCAAGAGACCCUGAUCCGAAUGACAUUAGUGAAAAAUGUCCACGUAAUGAUGAAAGACAUGGUAUCCCUUCAACAAAGUCUUGUGACUUCAGAAAGCGAGAUGUCUUCGCUGAAAGACACAACCAAAAGAGAAAUAGCCGAGUUGAAGAAAGAGGUGCGAUCGCUUAAGCUGGAAAACAAUCGAUUAAGCAACAAAGUUACCAAAUGUAAUGAGGAUAUUGAGUCUUUAAAAGAAAAUUUAACAAUGGUGGACGCCAGUCGCCGAGUGUUCGAAACACAACUGCUAAAGGAAAAACAAAUGUUUGAACAGAACACAUCCGGUAUCUUAGCAGACAUUAAAACUGAAGUUCGGUAUUUGUCCAUUACGCUUCUGGACCUCCAUAAACACAGUCUGGAAAUCGACAAGAAUAUUCCAGAACUCAUUGACAACAGAUACGACUUGAUAUCAGGGAGACUUAAUGAUUCUCUGGAGGCUUAUAACACAGAACUGAGAUCAGCCAACGAUAAACUGAGUUUGGCUCUAACUGACCUACAGAAAAGUCAACAGACCAUGACAGAUUCCUUAUCUGGUGAGUACAAUACGAGGGGUGAUAAAAAGUUCACGAACUAA